AUGUACCUAAAAGCUAUUAUAUUUCGAGGCCAAACCGGUGAACAAGGCUUUGAGCACGCAGUGGAUGGGGGGAAAGACACCUCAGAGCUUCAUUUCCUUCGCUGGAACUCGGACAAGUAUGCAAGCAGGGCAGAGGCUUUCGACAAGCCGGAUACUUUGGCAAUUGUCACUGUUUUCCUGAAGCUUGGUUCAGGCAAUGAAAACCUGAAGGAUGUUUUGAAGGCCUUGGAUUCAGUAAAGACUAAGGGUAAGCAAGCUCCAUUUUCUAACUUUGAUCCUGCCAGCCUACUGCCUAAAUCCUUGGAUUACUGGACUUACAAUGGCUCUCUGACUCACCCUCCCCUCCAUGAGAGUGUUAUCUGGAUUAUCCUCAAAGAGCCCAUUACUACCAGCUCAGAGCAGCUGGCCCACUUCUGUGCCCUCCUGUCUUCUGCUGAAGGGGAAAGACCUUGUCCCAUCCUGAGCGAUCACCAGCCACGCCAGCCACUGAAGAGCCGAGUGGUGAGAAGCCAAUUCCAGCCAGUCCAAGGCAGCACAGUCUGCUCAUCAAGACCAACACACCUAAAGAAAGAGCACGUACAAAUCUACAAAAGAGUUGAAAAAGAGAAUAUGUUCUUCGCUGCAAUACUCUUAUCCUACCACAAGCUGUUGUAG